AUGACGAUUUUCGGACAAAACAAGCCAAUCCCUCAAUUUUCUGCUAAUAGGUUGAGGCGUUGGGCUGUGAUUCUAUCGAAUUACCAAUACGAAGUCGAAUACGUCAAAUCGGAGAAUAAUACGGCGGACGCAUUAUCUAGAUUAUCGGAAUCCGAAUCCGAUAGUUUAAGUAACAACGAUGAUGUCGAAUUCCCAUAUUGUAAUUUUUUAAGAAAUAGUGAAGAAAUGCCUAUAAACCUAGAUGAAGUUGAAAAGGAAACUGCCGAUGAUAAAGGGUUGAGUCAGGUCAUUGAAUUUAUGAAGAUGGGGUGGCCAAAGUACGUUAGUAACGAUAUGAUCAAACCAUAUUUUUCCGGACGUUCAGAAUUUGCAGUGUCUAAUAAAUGUUUAUUCUGGAAUCAUCGCAUAGUUGUUCCAGUAAAGUUACGACAUAUUUUUCUCAGAACAUUGCAUAUGACGCAUUUUGGUAUUGUUAAAUCAAAAAAUAUUGCAAGGGCACAUUUUUGGUGGCCAAAUCUUGAUAAGGAUAUAGAAAAUUAUGUUAAGCGGUGCGAAAGUUGCAGAAAGAAUUUAUCUAAUCCCGCUAAGGUUCCGUUGGCAACCUGGUCGUGGCCAGGUGAAGUUUGGGAAAGGCUACAUAUUGAUUAUUAUGGACCUUUCUCCAGGAAGUAUUAUCUGAUCAUAUUAGAUGCGCAUUCGAAAUGGGUCGAAGUUUUUGAAACUUCAACGACAUGUUCGGAAGCGACGAUUAAGAUGCUUAGGAGUUGUUUUGCCAGAUUUGGUUUACCAAAAACGGUAGUCUCAGACAACGCUACUUAUAUUACACACUCUGUUAUUGGGUUUCCUGUUGAGGUUCCCUGUUCAAAUAAAUAA